AAAUCUCUGCUUUUCCUCCCUUCUUUCCACCAGCCAUUGGACUCUGCAAAUUUUGUUUUUCCCAGACCAACCAAAAUUGCCAAGAAGAAGAAGAAGAAGAAGAAGAAAGAUCUAUUUUUCGUGAAUAAUCAAUUCCCAUGGAAAAACAAAGGUUAAUUUUUAUUCAUAAGGAGUCGAAACAGUGCGCUGAUUAAUGAGUUUUAUGAGGGAGGAGGAAGAGAUUAACAAUCUUGGCUCGGCAUGGUGAACCCGACAAGUCCCACGAAGAAGCCAGCAAUGACCCAAUCAUCAUCCGGCGGGUCCUCCGGUCGCCCGCCUCCUGCCGUAAAGUUCUCAAGGAGGACGUCAAGCGGGCGUGUUGUGAGUCUAUCCCGUGAUGACGACCUCGAUGUGUCGGGGGAGUUUGCAGGCCCCAACGACUACAUCAACUACACUGUGCUCAUGCCACCUACACCAGACAACCAACCCAUGGAUGAGUCGUCUUCCUCGGCAGCAGACCCUGGGACGUCAUCGGAUGUGAAAAGGGAAGGGCAGGGAAGGUCCUAUGGGUCGUCGAGCAGGUUCGGAACAGAAACUCAGGGACCAGGUAGACGGGGAAGGGAAGAAGAUCGAGGUGGGGAUGGCGGAGGGAAGAUGGACCGUGGGAUGUCGUUGAUGAGGUCAGAAAAUAAAUCUAUGUUGCUGCGGAGCCAGACGGGGGAUUUCGACCACAACCGUUGGCUCUUUGAAACAAAGGGCAGAUACGGGAUUGGGAACGCAUUCUGGUCGGAGGAGAAGGAGGAUGAUUACGAUGGGGGAAUGACCAUGGCUGACUUUAUGGACAAGCCAUGGAAGCCUCUCACCCGGAAAGUCAAGGUUCCGGCGGCCAUUCUUAGCCCUUACAGGCUGCUCAUAGUGUUACGGUUGAUAGCACUUUUUUUCUUCCUUGGAUGGAGAGUGACAAAUCCGAAUGAGGAUGCGAUGUGGCUUUGGGGAAUGUCCGUCGUGUGUGAAAUUUGGUUCGCAAUCUCGUGGUUACUGGACGUCCUCCCAAAGUUUAACCCCAUCAAUAGAGCCGCCGACCUCGUUGCCCUCAAGGACAAGUUCGAGCAACCUUCCCCGUCCAAUGCUCAUGGGCGUUCAGACCUCCCCGGGGUUGACGUCUUUGUCUCUACCGCUGACCCUGAGAAGGAGCCACCCCUUGUGACCGCCAACACCAUCCUCUCCAUCAUGGCCACUGACUAUCCUGUCGAGAAGCUCUCAUGCUAUAUUUCUGAUGAUGGGGGCGCCAUUCUCACCUUCGAGGCCAUGGCUGAGGCUGUCAACUUUGCUCAGGUUUGGGUACCCUUUUGCCGGAAACACAACAUUGAGCCUCGCAACCCCGAGAGCUAUUUCAGCUUAAAGGCAGACCCGACGAAGAACAAGAAGCGGCUUGACUUUGUGAAGGAUCGGCGGUGGAUCAAGAGAGAGUAUGAUGAGUUUAAAGUUCGGAUCAAUGGCCUCCCCGAGGCUAUAAGGAGGCGGAGUGACUCUUACAACUCGAGGGAGGAGAGAAAGGAAAAGCAGCUUGCGAGGGAAAAGAAUGGCGGGGUGCUCUCGGAGGAGGAGCCCAUCAAGGUCACCAAAGCAACAUGGAUGGCUGAUGGGACGCACUGGCCGGGAACUUGGCUUAAUCCAGCGGCUGAUCAUACCAAAGGAGAUCAUGCUGGAAUAUUACAGGUAAUGAGCAAAGUACCGGAGAGUGAACCAGUAAUGGGGCAUGCGGAUGAGAAAAGAUUGGACUUUACAGGGAUUGACAUUCGCCUCCCUAUGUUCGCAUAUGUUUCGAGAGAAAAACGACCUGGGUAUGACCACAACAAGAAGGCUGGUGCCAUGAAUGCUAUGGUCAGGGCUUCAGCGAUAUUGUCCAACGGACCGUUCAUACUUAAUUUGGACUGUGACCAUUACAUCUAUAACUCCCAAGCGAUAAGGGAGGGCAUGUGUUUCAUGAUGGACCGUGGUGGUGAUCGAAUUUGCUACAUUCAGUUUCCACAGAGGUUCGAAGGGAUCGACCCGUCAGAUCGAUAUGCCAAUCACAACACCGUUUUCUUUGAUGGAAACAUGAGAGCGCUUGACGGUCUGCAAGGGCCGGUCUAUGUGGGAACAGGCUGCAUGUUUCGGAGGUAUGCACUUUACGGGUUCCUUCCACCUAGAGCAAACGACUACAAGGGAAUGUUUGGGCUGAAGAAGACUCCAUCUAAAGCUGUUCAUGUCCUUGAGGACGAGGACUCCGAUCAACAACCCCUAACAGAUCAUCCUGACCUGAAUAUGCCAAGGAAGUUUGGGAACUCAACCAUGUUCACAGAUUCUAUCCCUAUCGCAGAGUUUCAGGGUCGGCCACUCGCUGACCAUAUCUCCGUGAAGAAUGGGCGGCCACCUGGUGCUCUACUGGUACCUCGUUCCCCCCUUGAUGCCCCUACCGUUGCCGAGGCAGUUGCUGUUAUAUCCUGCUGGUACGAAGACAAUACUGAAUGGGGAGAUAGAAUUGGGUGGAUCUACGGGUCAGUCACAGAGGACGUGGUCACAGGUUACAGGAUGCACAACCGUGGAUGGCGAUCUGUGUAUUGCAUCACGAAGCGCGAUGCUUUUCGUGGCUCUGCACCCAUCAACCUCACUGACCGACUACACCAAGUCCUUAGGUGGGCCACGGGGUCGGUCGAGAUCUUCUUCUCAAAAAACAAUGCUCUGUUUGGAACCAGGCGCCUCAAGUUCCUUCAGCGUGUUGCUUACCUCAACGUCGGGAUCUACCCCUUCACCUCAAUCUUUCUUGUAGUGUAUUGCUUCCUCCCAGCCCUGUCCCUCUUCUCGGGGCAAUUCAUUGUGCAGGGGCUGGAUGUGGCAUUCCUUCUGUACCUUCUCAUCAUAACAAUCACACUCACACUCAUAUCGCUCUUAGAGGUUAAAUGGUCGGGGAUCGGGCUCGAGGAGUGGUGGCGGAAUGAGCAGUUCUGGGUCAUUGGGGGGACAAGCGCCCAUCUCGUGGCUGUGAUCCAGGGUCUCCUAAAAGUCAUAGCCGGCAUUGAGAUCUCCUUCAAGCUGACCUCCAAGUCUGCCGGCGAGGACGUGGACGACAUCUAUGCAGAUCUCUACGUCGUGAAGUGGACAAGCCUGUUCAUCAUGCCUCUGACCAUCAUAAUAAUUAACGUUGUUGCAGUGGUUAUCGGGUUCUCCAGGACGAUAUACAGUGUGAUCCCUCAGUGGAGUAAGCUCUUUGGAGGUCUCUUCUUCAGUUUCUGGGUUUUAGUUCACAUGUAUCCCUUCAUCAAAGGGUUACUUGGGAGGCGGGGAAGAGUGCCCACAAUUGUGUACGUCUGGUCAGGCCUGAUCUCGAUUACAGUAUCUCUGCUCUGGAUUUCAAUCAAUCCUCCGGAUGCCUCAACUAGUGCCUCUGGUGGAAAUGUCAGCAUAUAGUUCCCUGUGCCUGCAAACGCGGCCAGUGCCUGUAAAAAAUACAAAAGCAAAAGAAGAUUUUACUCUUUUAGCGCGCCAGUUAUCAGAGCGGGACAUCAUACAAAUGUACCAUAGAGUUUGACUUAUUGUAUUAAAGUUGUGUAGAUUUUGAAUUCAACCGAGAAAAGAAUAUUGUUCCACAUUAA